AUUUUCGAUCUCUUCGGUCUCAUGAGGCCAUAAUGUUAUUAGUUGAUGAAUAUAGGCUGCGAGAAUCGUUCAUGUCUUCAGGCAAAAUCAGCAACAAAAAAAGCGUGGGACGAAAUGUCAACAAUCAUGAAUGCCAAAGGACACAUGUUUUCAGGUAGACAGUGUAUGACAAAAAUAAACACAAUGAAGCGAACAUAUAAGACGAUCAAAGACCACAACUCAAAAUCCGGUAACAAUAAUCGCACGUGGAAAUAUUAUGAAGUCAUGGAGAGCCUUCUUCGCGAAAAAACAUAUAUAGACCUGUUAUUAACUAUUUCAUCAACUGGGUCUGUGACAUACAAGUCUGGAAAAUUAAAAUCUGCUGAUAGUUGCUCUAACGACUCUAGCAGUGAAUCCAGUGGUCCAGUUUCUCGGAAACGUAGAGUCAGCAAUACUUUGGAAGCAAUAUUAGCAAACCGCCAAAUAGCCGAAGAGCAAAAAAAUAAGAGACAUAAAGACAGGAUGGAAAUGUCACAAAAAAUAUUGAACAAACUAGAAUCGGUUUUGAACAAGCUAUAAACUAUAAAGACGUUAACCGAUGUAAAGCGGCAUCUUCAAUGAGAAUUUAAAGCGUAAUGAUCCUUGCAUGCUGCACGCGAUUAGUAACGAGCAAUAAACGAUAUGCAAUGAAGACUAUUUUUUAUGUUUCAUGUUUUUAGUUUCAUACUUUAAAUUCUUAUUGAAGAACCCGUUUAGAAGCAAUAGAUUGCAAUAUUAAGAAAAGUCUGAUUUUAUAGUCUGAAGUGUCUAACAGUGUUAUUUAAUUAUAUUAUAUAUUUGCUUCAUGUUAAAAUAGUAAAAUUAAGUAUAUUAAGCCUAAGUAUACAAGUAUAUUAGGUCUAUAAGUAUAUUACGCACCGUCUACAGGUACCUUUAGUUAUGCAAUAUUUAC